GAAAACUCAUCUAUUAAAUUGCCUGUUCUCACAAGAUCAAGGAAAACCUACAAGGAAGAAAACAAAAACUUGCAAGUUCUUUUGCGCGGGAUACAAUGCUUUAACCUAACUUAUCAGAAUUUAUUGCCAGAAAUGCCACAUAAGUCAAGUCAGACCGAAUCUUCUGCCACUCGUGACUCACAUGUAUGUUUGCUCGAUGAUAGCAGAGAUAUCACGCAAGAAAACGGUCCAAAUUGCGAUCAGAGCAGAGAAGAAAGUGUUCCGAUUGAUAAAGAUGUUGAAAAAGAAAAGGACAAUUUUUUGCCGCUUGUUUGUUCAAUCCUAGAGGGUCAACGAUUAAACAUUCGCCAAAAAGAGGGCUUUCAAGCAAAGCGCAGUAAACAAUUAAAAUGUAAAUCGACGGAAAAGGAAAAGAAACCGCCAUGUCAGGCUGGUUCAACGUCUGAAGACUCUGACAUUGAAAGUGUUUUAAAGAGAUCUACACCGACAGAUUCAGAAACAUUUAGUUCCUCUAUUCCGGGGGUAACUGAACACGUUAAGCCAAGCAAGGGAAAUGCGCGACCGGUAUUUCACAUGCCGAGGGCCGAUAAAUACGAUAUCACACCAAGAAACAUUAUCAAUAGCAAAACCUGUGCUGUGUUUAAAGAGAGCCAUAAGCAGUCCUUAUUCAAAUCAAGUUACAAAGACAGCUGGAUUCCUCGUAAGGACAGUUCAUUCAUCAGAAAUUCCACCUUCAAAGCUAUCAUACAACAACCGGUUGUGUUUCUACGGCAACCAUCUCCCGUGGCUGGGGUUAAAAUGACUUUAUUAAAAGAACACGAAGCUACUAUAGCGGCAGCAAUCCAGACUGUAAAGAAAAGAAACGUUCAAACUCCGUCUGUCGAUGCAGAGGUUUCACCACAUAUAAAGAAGUUUGUGAUUAGGCUGCCGCCGAUAUGCUAAAGGAACUUGCAUUGAGUUGCUAGACGAGCUUUGUUAUGAUCUUCAAACAAAGUCGAUUUCGUCAAUUGUUGUGCUCUUCACGCCUCAAGAAAUUAUCAAAUAAAUGUAACCAAAUUCUAUAAUCAAUGCACAGGAAACACAAAUCGGGCGGGUUUACUGCCUUUGUGAACAUAGCGGAGUAUAUCAAAGAAGUGACUGAGCCUGGAUGACAGCUGGGAUUUACUAAAACGCGGAGCGAGCACGGGAAACGAGAAAAUGAAAAAUGGCCGAAACAAAACCUAAUUUGAACCCUACCCCUAUCAGUAACCUCCAUGGUUCCGGCAAUUCUCGGUUUUGUUCCCAUUUUUCAUUUCCCCGUUCGCCGUGCUCGUUUCCAGCUUCCCGCUCCCCGCUCCCCGCUCCCCGUUCCUCGUUUUAGUGACAUCCGGGAAAGCUGACAGUUCUUUUAUCUACCAUCAUACACUUUUCAGUAUUUGCCAGUACCUUAAUAGUCUGCUACACAGCCGUUUUUAGUGUCGUCACGCAACGCUCCUCCCCACAAACUAGUGGGGAGGAGCGUUGCGUGACGACCCUAAAAACGGCUGUGUAGCAGACGAGUUCCUUAACCGUCACUUUUUUAAUAGAGAGAUUACCGUAAAUCCGCUAUUAAGCUACCCUGGGUGCUAGAGGUUUUUUUCCUGUUGUUUGCGGCGAAAAUUGAGCAGUGAAUUCGCGAUCGUGACGAGCGUUUUUUUUCGCCGCUCGUCACGAUAGCGGCUUCGCCGCUCAAUUUUCGCCGCAAACAACAGGAAAAAAAACCUCUGACACCCAGGGUACUAUUAAGCCCCCUCGAUGGCCUAUUUAUUUCAAGCACGUUUGAGGGGGGGGUCUUAAUUGAGAGGGGUGGUCUAUUUAGUUUAGCGAAACAGGACGCUAUACUUCCUUUCAAACGACCAGAAGAUGAUAUCAAUUCUCCAUAUAAAGAGCUAAAAGGAUACGAAGUUUGAGGCGUAGUAUGUAUGAAUUGUGGUGAAUAAACGAUACCGGGUUAGUCCACAUGAAGUGUUACAGUUAGCUGUACAGUAGUGAUUCGUUGCUAAUUAGAGAGGUGGAGCUUAUUAAAAAGAGAGCGCCAAAUCAAAUGAUUACGGUAUGUCCUGUAUUGUACGUGAAGAAGAAACUUUGCAGAAUUUGGUCACGUGGUUUAAUGCCACUUAGUAACGGCUCACUGGAUGGCAAGCCAUCCAAGUGUUCGUUCGGAUCACAAAGCGUCGAGUCCGAUCGAGCGAAGCAUUUCAAGUUCAAUCAUUCUGUUGAAAAUUAAUGGUUUUAUUCUCAAUUAAUAGUUAAGUAUUAUUCUGUUGAAAAUUAAUAAUUUCUAGUUUACUUAUUCUGUUGAAAGUUUAUCGCUACAUCAGUGAAUCAAAUUGAAGAAUAAAAACAGUUCAGUCUCAAUUCAAUAAACGCAAUGAAGGCGAAAAUACUAUCGUACUUCUCGGAUUAGAGGAGUGAAGACACUCUGAAAUUCGCAUUCAGCAGUGUGGCCUAAAUGGUUACACACAAAAAAAGAACCUCGGAUAAGUCUAAUUAUUAUUAAUAACUUGUGUGGCUAGUUUCCCUUCGCGCACCCUAUAGAAACUAACCGAAAAAACUAACUAGCGCCUGCCACGCAGGGUCAAGUCGUUUGGUGGCCUAGUAGGUCAUCCCCUUAUGAAGCUUGGCCAAUUGGGGGAAGCCUUACAACAAAUUUCUUUACUUGUCGAGUUAAUUCAGUGUCAACAGGCGGGGAUGCAGUCAUAUUUGCCUUAGUAGUUGCCGAAUUUCCGUUAUCUUUUAACACCAUUGUCAUGCCUGCAGCUUCAUGCGAUGGCUGCCUUAGAAGCAAUGCUGGUCUUUGCAUGAUUGCUUUAAACACGGCGUUCUUGAUGACGUCACGAUCCCGGCGUGGAAUCCAGCUAUCGCUAUAACCGGGAUAUAUAAUCAAUGUUUUUAGAGCGUCUCCCUUGAAUACUGAACAAACUUUGACUUCUACGACGGCUGGAGGGUGGAUAUCGUAUUUAUCAGCCUUUGGUAACUUAAAUGAUGGACGCCUAUCGUCUUUUCGAGGGCAUAUUGACUUGAUCAUAUCAGAACCUGAUGUAAGCUUGCCUACCUUCCUCUCUGUCAAAUUACGAGGUGUGACACGACAUUUAUUUCUUGUAUGGAAUUUAUCAGACUUUGGAGACUGUGAUAACUGUUGGCAAGCCCUUGAGUAACUCAUAUUCCAGGACUUGGAGCUCUCAGAGUCAGAUUCGUGAGACGUCAAGUCGAAGUUGUUGUUUUCCUCCUGUUUCUUUCUCUCUUGUUUUUUGAAAUCUUCUUUCCCCCGUAAAUUCAUUCGCCUUCCUUCUAAAACAGUGAAAGAAGAGAGUGACACGCUGUUAUUCUUUUCUUUAGGCAAGGUAUACAAGUCAGACUCCAAGGCUUCACUUCUAGCUUCGUUCGGGUUCUCACCGGUAGUAGACACUGGCGAAUUCGUACUCGAUGCAUCCAAUUCCGGUUUCAAUCCGUGCACUUGAAGCGGAAAUUCGAGGCAUCGGACACGCAGAAUAAACUGCAAAUCAUUACUGUCUUCAUAAAGACUGUUCACUGUUCCUUUCUUUGCGAGAACAGGCAACUUAACCUCGGGCUUUUCAGAUCGGUUUGUUUCCCCGACACUGGAGACUCCCACUUUUAACUUGGGUAUUUUGGUCAAGAAUUUCUCCCCAUCGUUUUCUCCCCGAUUUUGGGCAGGAAAUGGACUCUUUCCAGUAAUAGCUAUAUCUCUACUGACUGAUUUAAGCAUCCUGUCAGUCUUUCCCGCGUCACAAUCAAAGCAAUCUCUAUGACUCACCGAGUGGGAAACGUACUAAAAAAUGCUCCGAAUUCGUAGAGUCAAUCCACUUUAUAUCAUGGAUUAACGAACCACAGACCUUCAAAAACACGUUAAAUCCGGCAUUCAAUGAUCAAAUAACUGUUCUAAAAUCUCUCUUUGGCAUUAGUCUGAUAAUUUCUUAAUCGCUCUGUUUGUAAGCACAUCUUAAAGCCGGACAUAUUACAGGGGGAUAAAUCUUUAACUUUUUAAUAUCAGGAUUUGUAUCUAACAUAAUGAGAUGACCCUACAAUGUUUUCAUAGUCGUUUAGCAAUGUUCCGUGGUGACAAAACUUGUCGUAAUAAUUUGCACCAAGCCUUAAGUCAUUAAGAGCUCUUGCUUGUCCGUUUGGUAUGGUAUUUUUUUCAUACUGCAAGGCCGGGAAAUGCUGACAAGAUCUUACUACUGUUACUAGCUGACUUGAUAGCCUGUUCUUAAAAACCCUACCUUUCUGCGAAAUAAUAAACAAACAAAACAAAAAAAAGAAAGAAAGAAAGAAACAAUACAACACAAAACAUCAGCAACAAAAAAACUGCUUCCACUAGAAUUUAUCCACGCUUACAGUCAAGCUUCUCUGUUUUGUUGAAAGAUUAUAUUAAGAGGUAAGAUGCAAUAUAGUGCUACAUAUUUACAUAUUUCACAUCUCCCCAGCACUUUUUUAUUGAAAUUUUUUGCUAAAUUCCGCUUUUUCUAUUUAUAUAUUUUUUUUCGCUUGGUCUUGUGUACUCAAUUUACAUAAGUACCUAAUAUUAGCAAGUAAUCUAAGAACUUCAACAUACUAAAAGACUAUUUAUAAAAUUAAGCUUGUUUGUUCAUUUAUAAAUAUUUAUACUACUACAUGAGAAAUUGCUGCAAUUUGAUUGGGUUAGAGCAGUGGUAUAUUUCAGCUUAAUCUGAAAUACCUACAUGUGAAAAUUACAAACCGUUUGCGGGUAGUAGUAUAAACAAAUAAUAGCCCGAUUUGUACGUGAAAUUUGGCAUAACUAUACCACUCGUAAUAUUUCAAAAUUGCCUCAAAUUUCACUCGCCAAACGGCUCGUGAAAUUACGUAUAACAAUUUCGAAAUAUCACUCGUUGUAUUUAUGCCAAAUAUCACUACAAAACAUGCUAUUACCUACACAAGUAGUUGUAAAGGACGGGGUUUGAAUUCCGGAAAAUGCGAUCGAUGUAAAUGUGCUUUCCUUUUUUAUUAAGCUAUAUCCUUGACUUUUAGACAGCCCAGGCCGGAUAUUUACGUCUAUUAGCGAGCAUUUAUGUUGUUUAUGGCCGUAUUCAACGUGGUCAGUAGCCUAACACAAAAAAUUAUUUUUCAAACAAAAACCAAUAAUCUUAUACAGCUCAAGUUUACCCUUUACACUAAUAUAAUACCCAACCGUACAAAUUUGGUGGAAGGGCUGUAGCUAAGACAUAUUUAUUCCAUAUUCUAUGAUUUUGCAGUUGGGAAAUUCCUUCACCUUCUCAUUAAGAGGCUGAAACUUUGGCAGCCGAUUGAAAAUCCUGGAUUGGCUGGUCUCAUCGACAGCCAAGAUUAUCGUCUGAAUUCUUAAGGCAGAUUUGUGUUUGCAUCUGUUUUUCUUUCAGUUAAGGUAUCAUGUCAACCUGGAGCACUCUGCAGAACUAAUAAAACUCUUUUGUUCCGCGUCCACUUCAAAAAUUCCUACCAAAAAAAUCGCGGUGAUUUUAGUACAUAUGUAGCUAUUGUAGAUGUUGGCCUGUUCAUUAGGGCCAAUCAACUGGGCCGGCUGGCUUAGUUCCCCAGAUAUCGCUGCCGCCACUCUUUCCUCUGUAAAAAGUUUUUGAUGUGUUCACGUGUAUUAAAUGCGAGCUAUCCCAGUUACCGAGAACUCGGUAUGCGGGCUAGAAUUUUGCCAUAUGAACUUCAGCUCGACCACAUAUGCUCUGUUGGGAUCGGACUAAGCCACUUAGUCGAACGUUACUGAAGGCAGGCAAUAUGUUUGAUAAAGGCCGCACAAGGCUUACAGGGACUUUGUUAAAGCCCGGGUGUUAAAGAUUAGGGGCCGGAGUAAAGCUUAAUUGACACUGGCAGUGUCGUUGCAAAGGGUUUAAACUCGCUAUAUUUUUCCCGUCUAUAUUGUUGUAUAGCGUACGAUCUUGUACACGCUGACACUGGAUUGAGACUUUAGAGGUUGCGCGGACAAAGUUCUUAUUUCUUGCAAAGUCUUAAACCUUAAUCUUGAUUCUAAAUGACUCUGAUUCCACCAGACUGGCGAAGGUCGAAGUCUUUUGUGUCGUGAUACGAUAUGAACACGUGCCCAGGAAGCAUACACAGUCAGACAAGCGUUACUUAAUUACCUGUUUAGAUUAAACCACAUUUCCCAUCAAUAUCUACCACUUCUAUGUCAGCACCCUUAAGUAUAUAAAAGGCAGUGAUUUGCUGUACGUUUCUGAGGAUUUUUCAUCAAUGUAAUGAAGAGAAUUUGAAUUUCCUCCGACAGAGUCAAACGUUCUCCAUUUUCGAGUUAAAGAAUUUGAGAUUAACUGAAGAGUUACGUAUCUUUCAUUAGGUGGUAUUUUAACUCAAACCUGACUCUAAAAAGAUUUCAAUGAGUAAUCUUCUUUACAUCCCUUCAAAGCUAAUUUCUGCAAAGACUGAUUAUUUUAUGUUUAUUUUAGCUUAAAACGCCUUGAAAUUGCUUAUUUAUAGUUCAUUCUUAAAACUCCCGUCAGCGGACACCGUCGAAGGGUACAUACGGGGUGACCGUUUGACGGAGGUUCCACUGUGUCUGGCACAGGACGACUAAUGCGAGAUCUUUCUCUCACAGUUCAAAUACAGCGGCGUACCGCUAAAAACUGAAAUUUUUAUAGGUAUCCACAGUUUUCUUAAAAUCAGCCCUCCUCCGUCUACCAAAUCGUUUUCAUUUUGGGGACUUCCGUGUAAUUUUUUUUCUUUUUUAUAAUCGUGGAGAGGCAAGUAGUUAUGCACUCUCUUGGCCUUAGGACCACGUUCUUCAGGUAGCAAGUACAGCCUUCGCGUGCGGAAGAAUCAGUAACAAAAAUGCGUUUGUAUUCAGUUUUAGAAAUAAAUUAACAGGAAGAUGUGAAAGCGGAGGCUCUUAUUGGCCAUCAGACCGUUCCUUUGCUUUGUUUUUAUAUAUCUUCGACAUCUUUAUCAGGUAAGCACUUGCCCACUGGCGUAUAGCACAGGCAGCCAUGCACUUUCAUGUUACAAGAACUGUCAUAUCAUUUUUGCGAUUCCCUCCAAAAUUUUUGUAGCCGUACAUGUCUAGCGUACAAAUGCAUGAGACUCUUAUGAGAAAUGAUCUAAGUGAUUUUUGUAAUCACUUAGGCGCACGGAAAAAAAAACAACAACAACAAAAUAUCCGGCUUGGGGAAAAUCACGUUCCUCAGAAGAUUAGUUUGUACAGACAAAACGAGCCUGCCGACGGAUUUAAUAAAUAAUAAGAAAGAACGGAAUUUAGGUUAACACGAAUUAUGGGAUAAAUUGAUAUUUUACUUGUCUAAUUCUCGCAAAUAUUUGGCGACAAUUAAGGUUUCUCAAGGUUGAUGAAGAAACGAGGUGGCUGAAAUGCAGAGGAAUGAUGGAUAUGCCUCCAACAGCCCGUGGUAGGAUAUAUGUGAAGGGGAAGAGUGCUUUAAGCCCACAAAAAGAGGGUAAAACUGGAGAGGAAAACUCUGCGAAAAUAAUCCUACACGAGGUAAAGACCACGGUUGAAAUAUCGACAUCAGGAAAAGAGAAACACGUUAGAAAUUCCCAGCUAAAUUUUCCUGAUCUUUCACUAACAUCACAAGGAGCGAAGGGCAACCAAGACCAGAGCGUCCUACCAGCUCUGUUAUGCAUACGUAGCCUUAAUUUUUCUCCUCAAUUGCUUCACAUGUGGAAUAAACCCAACAGUAGCUUGCCACCGUCGUCUCGUGGUUCUCGGAGUUCCAGGACGACUACGGAACAAGACAAGAAAGGUGCUUUUCAUAAUGAAUGCGAUCAGACCAACGAUAAAGUAAGUUUAGAACAUAAAAAUAAUAUUUUGCCACAUCUGCCUGUCUCCACUGUUCUGGAUGGUCAGCGGGUUAAGAUACGAAGUCCUCAAAGUUCCAAAAGUGGGACUGAGGAAAGCGAACAAGACAACAGAGGGACUAGAACUAAAAAGGUACAAUUCAGUGUUGAAGACAGUAGUAUCAAAACGACAAACAAUACUUUGCCGCUUCUGUCUCUAACUACUACAUUAAAGGGUAAGUGUCUGCUUUCACAAAGAAAACAAGGGUUAAAUGAACAGCAGUAUGAGGAAAAAAAUGGCAACUACAUAAAGCCUUCAGAACUGAACGAAUGUGAAAAGAGAAAAACUUCAACUCCAAACGGGAAACACCAGACAACUAUUAAAAUGGCUUCCACAAAGACUGGUAAACAGAUUACACGAACAGUAUUUUACCUACCAAAGGCUGAUAAAUACGAUAUUACACCUGACGGAAAGUAUACAAGCAGCAAAGUCUGCAGGGCUAUAAAAGUGGAGGAUCUGAAAGCGUCUUUAAUCCGCUCAGACCGCAAAGACAGCUGGGUCCCUUCUGUCGACAAACAAUUAAUGAAAUUUUCUGUGUUUAAAGCAAUCAUGCAACAACCCACCGUGUUCCUACGACAACCUUCACCGGUAAAGGGCCUGAAAAUGCCCUUG